AUGGAGGAUGCUUUAACACAUGUCGAUGAUUCCUACAUAGUCCUUGAAACAAUAACUAGUCGACAAAUUUUCUUGAACGUUAAGCGCCCCGGAAAAAUUGCUGAAGAGUUCUCAGUUAAAAAACAGUCGAAACCUAAUAAGUUGAAGCCAUCAGUGAAGUUAUACAACAAUUAUAGCGACUUCACCAGAGAAACAUUUAUAGACCGUAUGCUCGAAAAUCUUCAAGAGCGUGGACUAGUGGCCAAGGUUGCAAAAGACUUAAAUAUUAAUUACCGCACUACGUUAAGAUGGCGGAAGUAUUACGAAGGGACAGAAGGGGUUGAGCAUAAAAAGUCUGAACAAAACAGUGGUCCGAAAAGCUCAUUUACAGCCGAGCAUAGCGAGUAUAUAAAAGAGCUACUCGAUAAUGACCCCCAUUUAUAUUCAGACGACAUAAUAAAUAGUUUGACUGAGCGAUUUGAAGACUUUACUAUAUCAAAGUCGCAACUUAAUAACCAUUUACGAAACACAGUGCUCAUCACUGUGAAAAAACCGAUAUUUGAACCUGAAGUCAGAAACUCAGUGGGAAACCUACAGACGAGAUUCGAGUGGUUUAUAGAAUGGAAAUAUUCUGAUCUGGAUUUUACAAAAAAAAUUGAUGAAGCCGCGUUUCAUAUUAAUAUGAGAAAUAAUUGA